AUGUCGUCGACCUCUGGUCAUUCCUCCCCACCGCCAGCGCAGUUCAAUUCCUUCUACUUCCCGGGUCCCUCGUCGCGGUACAACCACACCCGCCCGCGACCCAGCGCUCACCACUCGCGCCCCAAGAGCAGUUACACGCCCAUCGGCCCGGUCCUGAGCACAGAGAAACGCGCGCAUCGGCGAGCGCAUACGCAGAAGAGCAGCAUCUCGAGUGUCCCGUCGCCGCCGACAAGUGAAUACUCGAGGUCGCCGCUGUCGCGAUUUUCCAGCUACUCGGCCAACAUGGCGGCCGCCCAAAGCGCCGCCCAAAUGCCACACACCCCCGCCAAGAGCUCGCGCCGCAGCUCAUCGCUCCAAAACUCGCCCUUCAGCGACUACUUCACCGAUGAAGCCCGCUCGAUCGACUCCAACAUUUCCUCCACCGAGACCAAGCAGCUCCUCGUCAGAAUGAACAAGCUGCAGUCGCAACUCAUGCGCGACAACUCCGAGUCCGGCCGCGAUGCCAUCAACAUUGUUGGAAGAAAGUUGAAUGAGAUUGAGUUGGAGUUGAACGCACUGCAUUCGCAAUCGCGGCUGCCGCUGGAGAUCGAGGACUCGGGUGUCUUCAUGGACGAAGAGCAAUACGGCGGCGCCAAGGACGAAGCCACACCCAUUGGACAGCGUGUCUCCGAGCCAUAUCUUCAUGCUCCGAAUGCCGGUGUGGACGUUGAGUCAGAGCCCGUGACGAUUGAGCAGUACAAAGCCGAGCGCGACUGGUUCAUCGUUCGCAUGCAAGACCUGAUUGAAGAUCUUGGCAAAGCCCAAGUCGAGCUCGGCAAGCGAUAUGCGGAGGUGCGCGAGUUGAACGAGUACCACAACGCUCAGAUUGAAGAUCGCGACACCCAGAUCGAGCAGCUGAGGUCCGAGAAUGAGGGCUUGCGGUCCGAUUUGGGGUUCGAGCACAGCGAGCUUCUUUUCCUCAAACUCCAAAUGAAGUCGCUCGAAGUCGAAGUGGACACUCUCGCCGGCGAUGAUCUCACCACAUCAGCAACCGAAGCGCAACGAGCAAAGUCUGCCAAGAAGAACCGCAUACUCUCCGAAAUGGACGGCUGGCGAUCAGACUGGCAAGAUGUCGACGCCAGGUUCAAGCGGCGGAGGAGCAGGUACGGCGUUUCUCUCGAUCGACGCGACAGCAUGUCCAUGAGCGAUGCUGUCUCGAACCACGACGAAGGCGACUGGCAUUUGGAGACGGUCAAGGAAGGCCGAGGACGAGUCACAAGUCUCACAAUCAAGCGGAUGGGAAGCAGCGGUGGUCCCCAAGGGGACGUAACCGCGGAAGAAGCCACUCCCACCCGUGAUGAAGCAGGCGCAAACCCAUCUCAAGGCCUUGAUGGCCAAACUAACACCACAACUACCACUACAUCGCAAGGCCCCGGCGAGCCACAAAUCGCCACACCUUUAUCAUCACCACAACACACCACGUAUCAGGAACACGGCACGCAGACUGAAUUUCCCUUACCCCUACAAUUUUCUUUGAUACCCACAUCGCAGGACGACGAAGAGGAGGCGCAAACCCCACAACCAUCACACACUCUAUUCCCAGAACAUGAAGACGAGGAGCAGGACGAAGACGCAGACGAAGAAGAAGCAGAAGACUGCGCCAUCACCACAUCAUCCGAGGAAUCCGACCAGGACGAUGAAGAAGAAACCAUCAUCGACGUCGAAGACUCAAGAAAGGACACUCUUUCUCUCGACGCCGAUGAACCCAGCAACUCCGUCAAACCUCGCACCGCAUGGCAGGAGCUGUGGUCGAGUUUGGCGAAUCUUUCUGGGUUGCCGGAUGAUGAUGAUGAGUGA